AUGAGUUUUACGAAAUUCAAGACUCAUGUCUCCACGGUCGCCCAAAAAGCUGCCAGUGGCGGCAUUCCGGGUGUGCGCUCCGUGGAAAGCGGAGAUUCCGACGGCGAGGUAGUCAUAAUUUACCAUCACACAAGCCUAGCGAGGGAUGUGCGCAUCCAGGCUCUAGCCCAAGAUGUCAGCGAAUAUCCCGACGGAAACAUGUUCAUGCUUUGGACCAAUGACGCCGACCCACCACCAACACCAGUUGUUACUGCCGUCCAGGGUAUUCAAGACUACCUUAUUGGCAUGUCGGUCUACGAAAUGGUAACAGGGUUGGCGAGUCGUCUCGACCAAGAGAUCGGCCGUGCCUUGGAUGGCCGACUAGAGGACCCGAACGACGCCGACGAAGAGGAGGAGGCCGACGACUACGAUGCCGCAUGUGACACAGAAUAUCCCUCCGACGAGGACGAAUUUGGUUUACCAUCUAUACAUCCGCAGCCCUCUCAACAUAGCAACUACCGAAUGGAAAAACAAGGGCCGUUGCUUCAGCGCAUCCGGCGGGACCUCCGCCAGGUAAAGGCUGCAGGUUACAAAGUGGGCUUCCUCGACACCUUCGGUAAGACCUCCGUUACCGGACAUGUUGCAAUCUCCAUACGAGCCGACAAGCUGGCUCUGUCCAACGAGGUUUUGGAGGCGUGGGAUGUCAAGUCCACCGAAUACAUUGUCCUCGUCAUGCGCUUCGAAGACCCCUACAGUCCGUUAGACAAGGUUAUCGACCAACCCGCACUCCGGACCCGGGUGACAUUUCGCAUCGGAAAGUGCACAACGUACAAACCGUCCAUCACUGAAGCUCUGCGAUUCUUUUCCGAGUCUAAUCGCCCACUGGCCACCGACGGCGACCCCAGCCCAGACGGCACGGAGCGGGGAGAUGACGACGCUACCUUUGAGAAGCUCCUCAUCUCUAACUCGCUGGACUCAUUCUUAUGCGAAAGUUUUGUGUCCCUCGUCAAGAUCCGCCAGUCUCACAAUCUCAGUUGGGAGAGCGCCAAUGAGUUCCUACUGUCGAAAAUCGGGCUUGUCUCGGAAGCCUACCGGCCCCCCGAGCCCUCUGUCUGUAACGGCGACGUCAACACAUUUCUCACCUCGGACCAUCUUAUGGGGGAUGACUCCAAUAGCAAGCGCAGUUUCCCCCUCGUCGCCAUGCAGUUUGCCAUGCACUACUUUGUCAAAUGUACCGAAUACUGCCUACGGUGCCACUGCCGACUCGAGAAGGGCUUCGAGGCUUUGCGUCCGUACGUCUGUUCUGACCCGCUGUGCUUAUUUCAGUACAUGGCCAUGGGCUUCGGUCCGUCUAUAGAGCGCGAGAUUCUCACAGAGCCUUAUGUUGUCGACCUGCUCGUCAGCCUGUGCUACUCGGCCAUCCAACCAGGGAUUACACGUCCUUUCAUCGGUGGUGCGAACCCCGAGGGUAGGCUCCCUAUCCGAUCUCUCCCAAUCGGGUUGCGCUUCAAGGUUCCGGAUCUGGCCAACCCUACUGUCAAGCCGUUGAAGGUGGCGGUGGUGCCGGGUCACGCAUGCCUCGUCUUCGAGAAUAUGGAAGCUAGCGACUUUGGUAAUCAUCUGGCGCCGGCCCAGUGGCUCGCCUUCCGAAAACCCGGUCACCACCUUACACAGCACGCGCGUGUACGGGAGGUAAAUAGCGCCACCAAAACGGCUUUCAUCGACGUGAUGGGUGAGUCUUCCGCCUCCUGGUCCGUGGUCGGGGCCGAGCCUUUCUGGAAUCCAUCAUCACCGUCCUCCGGGUCUCCGUUGGAGACUGACAGCGCCGAUGUAUAUCUCUAUGAUACCGAUUUCGACUCCCUGGACGACGCCAACAAGGCAAAAUCAAUGCGACACGUUCUUGAUACCCUCCCGCCCAUCCUCGAGAUUGAGGAGUGGCUGGCCAGCCAUCCACAUAGCACCCUCCGCUCUAUGGAGCGCAUCUCCCCGGCCGCCGUAUCACUCCUUCAAUGGAUCGUAUCAUCGAACCGCUCUUGCAUCUUUCAGGUCGACCGCUCGCGGGCCAUCGCUCAGCGGCGUCAGGCGGUACCAGACCCCCAAGCCCCUGGCUCUCAAACCCCCGACCCUAAAACCCCGGUCACCAAUCCUCGAGAUGACGGAGGAGUAGCUGGUAGGGGCACCAACCGGGAACACGAACGCAUCUUGGGGAUGGAAGGAUGGGUCCAGUUCCGUUUCGCCCAGGGCUCGCCAGACAAGGAGCUACGGUUUAACAGAGCGCUCCAAGAAGUUGCUGCACGCAAAGACAUCGACAAAAGCCCGACGAUAUUUGCCUGGCAUGGGAGCAACCUCUCCAAUUGGCACAGCAUCGUGCGGACCGGUCUCGACUUCCAAGACAUAAGCUGCGGGCGCGCCUAUGGGAAUGGUGUCUACUUCAGCAGGUCCCACGAAACGAGCGUGACCUAUUCAAGUGCGGCCCAAUCGUGGCCGAAUUCAGACCUCAACAUCGGCUUCUGCCUGAGUUUGAACGAGAUCAUCAACGCGCCUGAUGAGUUCGUCUCCCAAACGCCGCAUUAUGUGGUAUCCCAGCCAGACUGGCACCAGUGUCGUUAUUUGUUUGUUCGGGCUGUUGGUGGGAAAACGCAGCCGCUGGUUCGAAGCCAAUCGAAAAUGGAUGCAGAGCAGAAAGCCCUGAUUCGAGAAGGCAAGCCGGCGAAGCAACGGGUUUACUACCCACAAGCUGAAGGGCGUGAGGUCAUGGGCCAGGGCGGCCAGUUUUUACAGAUACCCCUUUCGGCUAUCCCUAUCCGAACCGUUGGGCCACCAUCCGCCGCGCUGUCUGGUACUGUAAAGCGGACAGUGCAGCUGCUCGAAGACAGCGGAGACGAAGACGCCCAAGAUGUGGCUUAUUUGUUCUCGGACGACGAGUCCGACGAACCUACCGGCCCGCCAAAUAAAAAAACGGCAUCGCGCGCCUCUAGCAUAGACGUCGCAGCCACCCAAAACAGGUACGAGGAAAGCCCGAUUCCUGGGCUCCUUGACAAGAUACUGACAAAGUUCCGCAGCAUCGGCCGCGGUCCCCCGACUCCGGCCAGCAUCAACAUCGACCGAACCCUCACCGACUUCGAGCCAGGCGCCCUCGACCUCUCGACCCUUCCACGCCUCGAGCCGCCCUCCUUCGCAACCGACGCAGCCACACGAACCCUCAGCCGCGAGCUGAUGCGCAUGCAGGCCGUCCAGUCCAGCACGCCGCUGCACGACCUCGGGUGGUACAUCGACUUCGACAACAUCAGCAACAUGUUCCAGUGGAUCGUCCAGCUGCACAGCUUCGACCCCUCCCUCCCGCUCGCCGCGGACCUCAAACAAGCCGGCCUGACGUCGGUGGUGCUCGAGCUGCGCUUCGGGGCCGACUUCCCCUUCUCCCCGCCCUUCGUCCGCGUCGUGCGGCCCCGCUUCCUGCCCUUUUUGGAGGGCGGCGGCGGGCACGUCACCGCGGGCGGCGCCCUGUGCAUGGAGCUGCUCACCAGCUCCGGCUGGUCGCCCGCCAACAGCCUGGAGAGCGUCCUGCUGCAGGUGCGCAUGGCCAUGGCCACGCUCGAGCCCCGCCCGGCGAGGCUCGAUCGGAAAUAUCUUCCCACGGCUGCUGCUGAUAGUGCAAGAAAGGGGAAGGCGAGGGUGAAUGAUUAUGGGAUUGGCGAGGCGGUGGAUGCGUUUGUGCGGGCGGCGAAUUCCCAUGGCUGGGCGAUUCCGGAGGGGUUGAGGGUUACGGCUAUGGGUGUUUAA